AUGGCCUCUCUCGUUGCCGCAGCCCUGGACGUCGCGGCGCGCCAAGUGCCCGUGGGCCAGACUCUGUCGGGCAUCUUUGGCAGCAUCAGCCUGACGGCCUGGAUAUGUCUUUUGCUUCCGCAGCUCUGGGCCAACUACAAGGCCAAAAGCGCCGACGGCCUCAGCCUGACCUUUUUGGUCGUGUGGUCCUUGGGCGAUGUGUCCAACUUGUCGGGCGCCAUACUCACCAACCUGGCCCCGAGUGCCGUCGCCCUGGCGGUAUACUUUUGCAUCUUGGACGUUACCCUCAUCAGCCAGUGCCUCUACUACAACACCAUCAAUGCGCGCCGGCUCGCCAGGGAGGAAGGCACCGACACCACCGGAACGACAUCGGAGAACUCGCCGCUUCUCGCUGGGCGACGAAGCUCCUCUCGCAAAACAAUCUCAGACGACGAGGAGACGUCCUAUAAGAGUGGAUCGUGCGCAUACAACGCUCUCAGCCUGUUGGCCGUCUAUGCCAUUGGCGUCGCCGGCUGGUUCAUCUCCUACAUGGCCGGGGCCUGGGACAGCGACGCGCCAAGCGUUCCCGAAUCUCCAGGUGACCCGCAGUCGCCGUCUGCGGUAGCAGGCCUUGCACUCGGGUAUGCCAGCGCUGCUUUUUAUCUCUGUGCCCGGAUACCGCAGAUUGUCAAGAACUACAGAGAAAAGUCUUGUGAAGGCUUGUCGCUGCUCUUCUUUAUGCUGUCCCUGACGGGGAACUUGACGUAUGGGGUGAGCCUCAUGGCCUAUUGCCAAGACAAGCAGUACCUCCUCAAGGCCUUUCCAUGGCUCCUGGGCUCGCUGGGGACCAUGGUCGAGGACGCAACCAUAUUUGUCCAAUUCCGGCUUUACGCUGAUGGACUCCGCAUCGGUGGUGCCCGAGAACCGUGA